AUGGCGACGGCGGCGGAUUACGACGCAAAGGCUUCCGUGGAGCGCGUGUCGGUUGAUGAUGAUAGGAUUUCGCCCACAAGUCUGGAGGCUGGGCCUGUGGAUGGGCAUAGGAAGCUUGUCGCACCGCCGUUAGUGGAGGCCAUGAGUGUAGAGGAGAGAAUACAGGCAGAGAAAAGGUUGAGGAGAAAGAUUGAUACCAGGCUGCUUCCUAUGAUUAUUUUGAUGUAUAUUAUGAAUUACCUUGACAGAAAUAACAUCGCUGCUGUUCGUUUGGCAGGACUACAAGAUGAAUUGAAUCUUACUAGCGUCCAAUAUCAGACAACCGUCUCCAUCCUAUUCGUUGGCUACAUCUUAAUGCAGAUCCCCUCGAACCUCUUCCUCAACAAGACCGGUAAACCAGCCAUCUACCUCCCCACGUGUAUGAUUGUCUGGGGUAUUAUAUCUGGUGCUACAGGCGCAUGCCAGAGUUUUGGCGGUCUAGUGGCGUGUCGAUUUUUUCUAGGAUUCAUCGAAGCAGCAUACUUCCCGGGCUGCUUGUUCUAUCUCAGUGCGUGGUACACUAGAAAGGAGUUGGGUUUUAGGACUGCGGUGCUCUACUCUGGCUCCUUGAUUUCCGGAGCAUUUGGUGGAUUGAUUACCGCCGGCAUUACCACGAAUAUGGACGGCACGCAGGGACUGCGCGCAUGGAGAUGGGUGUUCAUCCUAGAAGGGAUUAUCACCGUCGCAAUCGCUGCUACAGCAUUUUUUAUCCUUCCCAAUUUUCCGCGGACAACCUCCUGGCUUACAGAGGAAGAGCGCCAGCUAGCCGUGUACCGACUCCAGGAAGACGUAGGCGAGGACGAUUGGGUAUCCGCGGAAUCACAAACCUUUUUCCAUGGUCUGAAGCUGGCUCUGCUCGAUAUCAAGACAUGGGUCUUUACGAUCAUGCUCCUCUCGAUCGUCUCCUCUGCCAGUGUUACAAACUUCUUCCCAACAGUUGUCAAAACACUCGGAUACCCGAACAUCGAGACGCUGUUGCUGACUGCACCGCCGUACGUACUCGCUGUCAUAACAACAUACCUCAACGCAUGGCACGCCGAUCGCACAGGCGAACGUUUCUUCCAUAUCGUUGGGCCUCUCUGCGUCGGCGUAGCAGCAUUUAUCCUCGCAGCCGCCACUACCUCCACGGCACCCCGAUACGUCGCCAUGAUGUUGAUGGUACCCGGUGUCUAUACCGGCUACGUGGUUGCUUUGGCCUGGAUAUCGAACUCGCUCCCACGUCCACCGGCAAAGAGGGCAGCGGCCCUGGCAUUCAUCAACGCGGUUAGUAACUCGAGUUCCAUCUAUGCGAGUUAUAUGUAUCCGCAGCCAAAGAAGGGCCAGCCGAACUUGACAUUGCCGUUGAGUGUCGACUGUGCAACGGCGGCGUUGGCGAUUAUCAUGACCGUCAUUAUGCGCAUCAUCCUCGGACGGCUGAACAAGAAGCUUGAUCGAGGAGAACACGUCGAAGGGGCAAUCAAUGCUGUACCUGGGUCUGGGGCGGAAAACGGAUUCAGGUUUUUGGUGUAA